AUGGGUGGAGGUGGUGGGUCAAAUUUUGGUGCUGGCUCAGGAGGAGGUGGUGCUGGAUCUGGAGGAGAAAAUAAUGAUUACCGAGGCGAACCGAGUGAUGGAGGUGAUGACAAUUGUGAUGAUGGUGGGGAUAGUGGAGCAAGGAAUGGUCUUAGACGUGGCUCAAAAGGGGUAGGAAGCAAAGGUGGAGGAGGAGGAGGUGGCGGCGGCAGAGGCAGCGAAGGUGGAUAUGGUGGAGGUUUUGACUAUGGAGGUGGAAGGGACAAUAGAGGAAAAGGUGGUGGCGGCAGCGACGGAAGUGGUGGAGGUGGCUUUGGUAGGGAGGUGAUCAUGGGUGUUAACAGAACAAGUUUGUGA